CAUCCCUCAUCAUCUUUCGGAUCCAAGUCUUAUGAGUAAAACGUAGCUCGUUACCUUACUCGAUCUCAUUUGUAUCCCUUAUUCAAGACAGAGAAGAGCUGUAGCUCUCUCUACUCUACCUAUCCACUACGAUGCGUCUCGUGCCGAGGGAGCUCGAUAAGCUUGUUAUAUCUCAGCUAGGCUUCCUGGCUCAGCGUCGCCUUGCUCGAGGGGUUAGGCUCAAUCACUCGGAAGCAGCGGCCCUUAUCGCCAACAACUUACAAGAACUCAUCCGAGAUGGAAACCACAACGUUGCUGACCUGAUGAGCAUCGGCGCGACCAUGCUGGGUCGGCGCCACGUCGAGCCGGCCGUCUGCACCACCCUAAAGUACAUCAUGGUUGAGGGUACCUUCCCGACCGGCACGUACCUUGUCACUGUGCACAACCCCAUAUCAAGCGAUGAUGGCAACCUGGACCGUGCCCUUUACGGCUACCUCCCUGCACCUCGCAUGCCCACCAACGAUGACUUCCCCCUUCACGCCCCCGAGGCCUUUGAGCCGACCGCCCAGCCGGGUGCCGUCGUGGCCGUGAAGGAUGCCAAGAUCACCCUCAACCCGGGCCGCAAGCGCAUCAGGCUGCGCGUCACAAGCACCGGAGACCGCCCCAUCCAGGUAGGAAGCCACUAUCACUUCGUCGAGACGAACCCGCGACUCUCCUUCGACCGCGCCCGUGCCUACGGGUUUCGUCUCGACAUCCCCGCGGGCACCUCGGUCCGCUUCGAGCCGGGCGAUACCAAGACGGUUACUCUCGUGGAGAUUGGUGGUAACCGUGUCAUCCGCGGCGGCCACAACCUGGCCAGCGGUCCCGUCGAUCUCAGCCGCGCCGGAGAGAUUGUGCAGAAGCUGCAGGCGGCCGGCUUCGCCCACGCCCCCGAACCCGCGGGCGACAUGGCGUUCAUCAGCCCCUUCGAGAUGGACCGUGCUGCCUACGCCGUCAUGUUCGGUCCUACCACCGGCGACAGGUUACGUCUGGGGAACACGAACCUGUGGAUCAAGGUCGAGAAGGAUCUCUCUGACUAUGGAGACGAAUGCAUCUUUGGCGGUGGGAAGACCCUGCGCGAAGGUAUGGGUCAGGCCAGCGGCCGGAGGGACGAGGAGUCGCUCGACCUGGUGAUCAGCAAUGCCCUCAUUCUGGACUGGACCGGCAUUUACAAGGCGGAUAUCGGCGUCAAAGACGGCAUCAUCGUCGGCAUCGGCAGGGCGGGAAACCCAGACGUCAUGAACGGCGUGUCGGAGAACAUGGUUGUUGGCAGCUGCACUGACGUCAUCUCCAUGGAAGGCAAGAUCGUGACGGCUGGCGCCAUCGAUACCCAUAUUCAUUUCAUCUGCCCGCAACAGGCGGAGGAAGCCCUCAGCUCUGGCGUUACCACCUUGCUGGGCGGCGGGACGGGUCCCACCUCUGGUUCGAAUGCGACAACGUGUACCCCUGGUAAAAACAACAUGCGUCAGAUGCUUCAAGCUUGUGACUCGUUACCUGUCAACGUCGGUAUCACGGGCAAGGGCAACGACAGUGGCCCCGAGGGCCUUCGAGAGCAGGUCGAUGCCGGUGCCUGCGGUCUGAAGAUCCACGAAGACUGGGGCGCAACUCCUGCGGCCAUUGACGCCUGUCUCUCCGUCUGCGACGAGCUCGACGUUCAGUGCCUCAUCCACACCGACACGCUGAACGAGUCGGGCUUCUUGGAGUCUACUGUUGGCGCUUUCAAGGGCCGCACCAUCCACACCUACCAUACCGAGGGUGCGGGCGGUGGCCAUGCGCCAGACAUCAUCGCCGUUGUCGAACAUCCCAACGUCCUCCCCUCGUCUACGAACCCGACGCGCCCCUACACCUCCAACACCCUCGACGAGCACCUCGACAUGCUCAUGGUCUGCCACCAUCUUUCCAAGGAUAUCCCAGAGGACAUUGCCUUCGCCGAGAGUCGCAUCCGCGCCGAGACCAUCGCGGCCGAGGACGUCCUGCACGACGUGGGCGCCAUCAGUAUGAUGAGCUCCGACAGCCAGGCCAUGGGCCGUUGCGGCGAAGUCGUCCUGCGCACCUGGAAUACGGCGCACAAGAACAAGGAGCAGCGCGGAGUCCUCCCCGAGGACGAAGGCACUGACGCGGACAACUUCAGGGUCAAGCGCUACCUUAGCAAGUACACCAUCAAUCCGGCCAUCGCGCAAGGAUUCGGUCAUCUGGUCGGCAGCAUCGAAGUGGGCAAGUUGGCGGAUCUGGUGAUCUGGAAUCCUGCUUGGUUCGGUACUAAACCGGACCUGGUGCUGAAGAGCGGCUUCGUUGCUUGGGCGCAAAUGGGCGACCCCAAUGCCUCCAUUCCAACCGUCGAGCCCCUGAUCGGCCGUCCCAUGUUCGCCCCUCGCGUGCCCUCCUCGUCGGUCCUGUUCGUCUCCGCGUCGUCCAUCUCCUCCGGCGCCAUCGCCUCCUAUGGGCUGCAAAGCCGCGUCGAGCCUGUCCGUGGCUGUAGAAACAUCGGCAAGCGCAAUAUGCGCUUCAACGAUGUCAUGCCGCGCAUGCGCGUCGAUCCCGAGCGGUUCGAGGUAGAGGCAGACGGGGAGAUUUGCCGCGCCGAGCCGGCCGAGAAACUGCCCCUCACACAGUCGUACUUUGUCUUUUAAAAAGUUCGGACAGGCCCGAGUUUCUCUUGGAGAUUUACCCAUCUUCUUUUGCCAUAUGAAGUCUGCGCAUGUCGACAUUGCGGGAGAGGGGCAGACCUGAUGUCUAACCCAUAUAUGACCAUGCCAUCUACUGGAUAUUUCCUCUUAGUAUGCGGAUCAGCUGCCUGCCAGAUUCGUGUGGAUAUUUCUGCUCAUAACGGGAGACGAAGCAUACAAGGUAGAUACUGGAAUAUAAGUCACUUGAAGCCUU